AUGGGUUUCGGUGUCUUCGAUGGUCUAUUAGAGUUCCGGACUCGCGUAGCUGACAUCUUUCGAGGCAGCGCGAUUUUUGGUCGCUGUUGCAAGCGUGGGCAACGAAAAAGCAGAUUGUCAAAAGCCAGCGACGCAGACGAGGUGCACCCUGAUCAUUAUUGUUGAUUCAUUGCUAAUACUACGACUACCAAGAAGAGUAGGGGCUUUCAUAGGAGAAUAGCUACGUAUCAAGAGAACGGGCAAUGGCAAAUGAAUACGGAUAGCUACAACAUAUGCUUAUGCUUUAUCAACAAGCAUCAACAUCGGCUGCAUGGUCACGUUCUUGCUUUGCCAGUAUUUUAAUGACAUCAGAUCGCCUGCAAUAAAACCUCACCUAGGUUGAGCCUCCUGUGUUGCAGUUACGGCGUAAGACAUCACACCCAAACGCCUUAAGCCGCGACGGCACGAUCGGCAUCGCGUCCUUUAGUAGAGGCACUCGCGUUUCACACACGGCAGACGAUGACCAAAUACCAGUCUCCCCGUCGAGAAGAUCCUCGUCUAUCAACGGAGAAACUGGAGCGUCACCAGACGACCAAAACCAACAGAAGCAGCUGUCAUUUCCAAUCCUGUCAGCAAGUAGCAUUACGAUCAUACACAAGCUGUUUUUCUAGAAGCAAGAUGCAUCACACGUAAAUAAACGCUCUAGUUCUAGAUGCAGUCACAAGAGCAUACAAGUUCUUCUACCAUAAUGAAUGACAUUCUAUAACUUCAAUCUAUCAAGUACAAGUUCAUGUUCAAGGUCAUUUUUCUCUUCCUCAGAGUAACAAAUCACGAUCCAUCCACAUCGACAUCCUCAAUUGAGUAAGUAGAUAUGUUCCAGGACCAGGGCUCAGGGCUGAAGGCCCCCCCGAUCUAAGUUUUUGAGGGGGGGGGCCUGCCAGCCCCGGUCCCUUUUUUCGAGGGGCUGCCUGGCGGGAAGGCCUCGAAGCGCCCUCCUCUGACCCCUUCCCGCUUCUUGCCUGGACCCUACAGCGCCACCAUGGCGGAGGCCGUUGAAGCACUGAAGGGCGGACUUGGAAGGCUUCCGAAUGUGGCAAAGGUGGCAAGGCUGGACCCCCUUGGCGUGUGGCCUGUACCCUCAAGGCUGGACCCCUUUGGCGUGUUGCAUGUACCCGACAGACCUGCCGAAGGCUGCAAGGCUGGGCCCCACCCCUUUGGCGUGUUGUAUGUACCCGCCAGCCCUUGGGGCGCCUCUCUUCUUUCGGCUCUUUUUGCCGUUUUCUUCCCCCACUGUGAUACGCCAGAGGCCACCACGUGGGCGAUUCUCGUCGCUCGUUCUGCUUUCGUCCCUCGUUCUGCUCUCGUUCCUCGUUCUUCUCUCGUUCCUCGUUCUGCUCUCCUCCCUCGUUCUUGUCUUCUCGCUCGUUCUGCUCUCGUCGCUCGUUCUUCUCUCCUCGCUGUUCCACCACUGUGCUGCACCACACACCAUACCACAGGGGGGGCCUCCCUCCCUGGUACAUAUAUAAGAGAUGCCACACAGUGAGGGCCACGGUCACGCCAGGCGCUAAAUUGGAAUCGUCCAAGUCGUCAAUCAGUAGCACCAGUCCCUUGGGUGCUGGUGGAGCAACUGCGUCUAGCUCUAUGGGAGUUGCGAAUCGUGUUCGCGCGACGGCCUCUGGGAGGAAGUCGCUUAGCAGCGAUUCUGAGCGGGAUGAGGGAACAAGCGCCGCCGCACAAGGGACCGCCUCAUCUGUAGUUCCUUUGCGUGGUCGGCAGACUACAGCUUCCAAAAGUCUCAGUCGCUCGGGAAGUCGGACGACCAUGUUUGGCCGCUCGGUUACAGAGCGCCCCGCAUUGCUACGCAGGGGCUCGUUUUUUGGCACCCGGGCGAAGACACCAAUUCCGGUGCAGCAGGGAGGCGGGGAAGAGCGUACGCUUUCUUCUUUUUUUUGGGACGUCUUGGCGUCUACAGGACUGGACGUAGAUACGGAAGCUGGAACGGUCUCCGCUAGUGGAGAUUCCGUCAAUCUCAACGAGGAUUCAAACCCAAAUGCUGCGAGGAAAAAAUGCAUCGCGGCUGGAAGUCUCAAAAGUUCUCCUGGCCCAUCAUCUCGAGCAACUACUCGGGCGUCCCCGCCGCUUUCGAAAGCGCAGUUGGCAGCAGUCGCUCGAAGCCGAAACUUGUUAGCGCGCCGAGAGCAGCGACAGAAUGGAAAGACUGAAAAAGUUGGGAGCUCAAAUUCAUCAAGUGAGACUAGCGGUAGCGAAUCUAGCGAACCAAGCGACUCCGGAAUUCCGCGCCGAGCUCUUGAGAUCAGACAAAGUUUAUGACGUUGACGACGAGCUGGAGCUGGACAUAUUUAUUUAUUCUUCAUCUAGUUCUACUAUACUUCUAGUUGUUGAUGUUCUAACUACAUCUUUCUCUUUGUUUCGGUUGGGCGGAGCAACAUGCUACUGUUAGCGACGUCAAAAGGAAGGUCGCUCAGCAGCUGAUAUAGAUGACUAUUGUAUAUUUGUAUAUCAUACUCAUAGAUCAUAAAGAUAUAUUAUCAUUUGGUGGUAUUCGCGAUUAGGAUGAUAUACCGCUUCGGCUUCAUUCUUUGGUGGCAUUGUCGAUGAGGAUGAUAUAGAUCUUUAUCCUCCGCCAGAUGGUUCCCGCAAAAGCACGAAAAAAAGCGAGGCAACCUCUGAUGAGCAGAGCAUCCCUGCAACUGAGUUUUCUACGCCAAACUCCCCAAGCGCCCGGAGAGUGAGCAACCGAUACGGAUCAGAGGUGGCCACGUCUGCUGGGUUGAUGAAGAACAGGCUAAGGCACAACAUAAAGAAUCUUCGCUAGUUCACUAUCUUCGCGUGCGUCGUCAUUCUGUGAUGCUCACGCUAGAUUAUCAUGGUAUACGUCAGGUUCAACGUCAAUGCUACUUCUUGAGUACUUCAAGUUCUACAACAACAACAUGGACCACUGACUUAGAGUUAUUUUCUUCUUCUCGACCCGUCUUGUCUAAGCUUAAGGACAAAGCGCGACCUAGCUGUGAAGAUGGGCAGGAGAUCGGAACUCUCUUCGUCUUCAUCGGAAGAGGAAAGAUCAUUUCUCAGCAACAGUGACAUCUCAUCCUACACCUACUCAAGCGGAAUAAGCGUUGUAAACGAUUAAGAGUGGUUCUGGUUGUCCAUGAAGGAUUUUUCUGUUAUCCUUGGAAAUAGAGAGAUUGUGAUUGAAAGGAAUUGAUGUCAUGGGAACUUCAUCUACAAGUAGUAGUAGAAUGAGCAACGUAAUCGUAGAAAAACGUAAUAAGAGCCCAUUCUUGAGUAUUCGGGUCGUGCAAUGCGCAGGCAGGCGAACAUUUUUAUAUGCAAAAUUUCUAAGACGAGCAUGGAACCCGACGCAAGUAUUCGACGAGGGAACGCACGGUGGAAGAUACUAAUUUAUGUUCAGAAUUGAGAACUCGGUCUCCAAGACAUAGGCAGGCGCAUCGUAAUCUAUCAUAUUUUUUCAAGUUCAGGAGUUCUUGUCUAGUGGAGUUCCAUCGCAGUUCUUGUCUAGUGGAGUUCGAUCGCAAUCCUCUUCCCCGUCGCCGUCUACUUCCUGACGUAUUAAUAUUUAUAACUAGCCUCGUAAAUUAUAGCCCAUUUAUUAGAGGUUCCCCAACAUUUCAAAAAAAACGCAGCAUAAGUAUCCAUAUGAUAUUCUAAGCUAAGACAAGGGAGCGGAACGGCCUCAAAGCCCAGUGCGUCUGCAAAUAAGCAACCGGAUAACCAGCCGGGAAUUUCACGACGUUUCCUCUGCGUCCUCGGUAUCUGAAAAUGAGGACGACGAAGUCGGUACAAGUUGAAAGAAAAUUAGCUUCUAUUGCAUUUGAUUGUCUUCAUUUUACUAGAUUAGCAUCAGUACUACGACAUUUAUAUAUAAAUCUACAGGCCGAUUUUGGUUUUGUUCGAGGAUCGAUGGUAGAUGAAAUACUAAUAAAAUCCACUCGAUGAUCAUCUGGCAUUAGUCGAGAGAGGCUCGCUUACAGAACGCUAUUUAUUACAACGAAACAGGUGGAAGCAACACGACCUCAACGCCCGAGGACGACGACACGGCGCAAACGCAUGUCACCAUUUCCGACACGGUUGUCGAUGGUUUGAAGACCAGGACAUGUCGUCGAGGCAUUCAGCCGUUAGCGCCUCCUCUUAACGUGACAGGCUCGCGUGUAUUGACAGGAGAGACACUGGCAGUGCAGCAGUAUGGCAAGAAAGUUAGUAUUUAGAAGAUGAGGACAUUCUAUAUUCAUAGAGGACACUCGUUUCACCUAAGGGUUCAGUCAAUACGGAAAAGCCUGAAGCUGCUAGUAGUCACCGGUCGUCCAAGUUCAAGUACUUCCGUCACCUUCCAUCACCACUGAACUAGGUACAUUUUCUGGAGAUAUUUAUUGCAAAGCAUUUUCGUAGUGAUUUUGAUUUUUCGUCUUUCUCUAAUACACCUCCAGGCAGCCUGGUGCUGAUGAAACAGAGCCCGAGGGCGAGAUCGACAGUGUGGACGCAGCAACGUCUUCUAACAGCGGGCAGUCCAAUCGCGCUAGUAGCAUUAGGGUGCAUGAGAUUGAACUUGAUGAACUUGAACUUCAGGAUGAUAACGAACAGAAAUAUCACUCAGUCAUGCAGCAGUCAUGCAUAGGAAAUGCCAGUUCUUCUACUCAUCUUUGAUGUUGCAGUAUCCAAAUUCAGAGAGAGCAAUAAAACAACAAGGCUCGCGAAGUCUUUUUCGUUGCAUCUACUACUCUAAUCAUGCUACGGCGACGACGCAUUCCCCUUCGAACGCCAAGCGUCGCCGACUCUUCACGGACGACCAAGACUCGUCGUCCUCCUCCAUGAGCUCGGGUACUUCAGAGACUGAAAGAGAAAGAAGACGUCGCGUGCUUGACGUGUGCAUCGUGAUUGCGAAGUACGAGUGGGCACUUCGCUACGAAAUGAAUUUCCGUCCGAAUGGUGUUCUCGAUCUCGAGACGCCACUAACCUACAAGUGGUAUUUCGUACCGAAACUAUUGUCUCAAGCACCAUUGAUAGACCCAACAUUGUUGGAUAGUGGUAUAGAAGCGCAGCAAGAAGGAGCUGGCAGAGCGGCAGAUGACAGUCAACCUCGGUACGCGCAUGCAACGGGAGUGAUGGAUCCUAACAGAAUAGGACAGCCAACCGAAAUAUUCGCAUACGAGGUGGACUUUUUAGAUAACGGCUGCGCCAUGCAGAUACGUCUCAAUGUGAUCAAAGACAAAGAGGCUGUAUUUCUUAUCCCUCUGCGCCCAUCCCCUCGAGAGCCGUUUUACACCGAAAACGAAUACGCAGAUGGUAGUCUAGCAUGUUGAUUUUUCAAGAACAAGAAGGACCAAAUCUUUUCAGUUAGUAAUAGCUAGAAUACUAGCGUAAGGAAGCUUAAGAUGAGGCUGAUACGACCUGCUUUUCCUCGUCUUAUCUCAUGACUCUCUUCAUCAAAAAGAACUUCACAGGUAUUUAUUCUCUACUCAAGCGGGAAAAUCUUCCAGCAUCAACAAUACUCUAGGCACAGUGAAUCCGAAGAUCCUAUAUCUUGAGCUGGAGAAAAAAGGCUUCCCAGAUGACCGAAUUACUCAUUGCUGGGUUGAUGUUGAUUGGUACUUUGGAGUGCCGAAUCCUCUGAGCGUCAAGCUGAAUAUGUGUGCCGGCAGCAGGGUUGUAUGGUGCAGCGAGGAACGAAGACUAUGGAAGUCAUUCAAAUAAUUGCAAUCCUACUUCUUGUUCUUGGUCUUCUUGAUCAUUUGAUUUUGAGAUGAGCUAGACGCAUUAUACUAAAAGCUACUGGCAGUGGCAUACCGUACGUUUGGAAGUAAAAAAGAGGAUUGUUGUGAGCUCUAACAUGAAAGCAAGGGUGGAAAAAGUAGGGCCCAUCAGUUUCGUAGCAGCGCGCAUUGGAGGAUCGGUUCACCCGAAGCGAGGAGCAGCCGCAUCCAAUGAUAUGCGAAGUAAGCAGGAUGAAGAUCGCUCACCCUUGUACUAUUUUCGCCUCAAGAAUACACCCCUAGCGCUAUCGCCUAUCCCUGCCUUACAACAUUUUUCCGGAUUUGGAACGCAUUUAUAUCGCGAGUUGACUGAAGCAUCGCAGUUCAAUCUCAAGGUUCAUCCUCCUCACUCUCUUGUUCUUAUUCCGAUAUAUUUUUUUACGUUCAUAUUAUCCUAAUCCUUAUUUAACAACCGUGACGCUACGUCGUCUACUUAUCCGUCCCACUAAUUUAUUCCUUACAAAGUACUCGUCCUCUUCGAAGGAAGAGUUGCUUGAUCUUCGAAAUAGUGUCCAUAUUAUCCUAUGCACGAUGAAAAAACCAGACGCGUGUCUAUUUUGUGUCCUCUUCCUACAGGGAAAGAACGAUCAUAAUUCAUAGUGUUUCUACCUUUCAAUGUCAUAAUGCUAGGCGAAUGAUGAGCUCGAAUGCUGAAAAUUUCACCUCUUGACAUAUUUUUUUGCAUAGCCCUGAAAUUUCUCGGGCUUGUUUAUUACGCUAGCCGACGCAUGGCAUCAUUGUCAUGGUCAUAUGCAAGUGUAAUAAUAGCACAAAGGAUCAUGUAUAGCGGUUCCUAAGCAUUGGACAGAUGAUAUGAAAAUGUACUAUUUACCAGGCAAAAACUAUGCCGUUGCGGGACGAUCAUGGAUAUAAGUUGCAGAGGUCAACAUGAUGCAUGAUGAAGAUGAUGGCCACAAGAAGUCCCGAGUGGUUUACUACGUCGCAAGAAAAAACCUAUUAGUUUUGUCUUUCAUUCCAAUUGGUCUUCAACACUAUGUGUAUCAUAAGACAUGCAAAAGCGACGAACUUCAGCGUGAUCCCCUAUCCUUUUAAUGAAGAUUCCAUAUUCUGCGUUCCCCCCGAAAUCGAAAUGUAAUCGGUCGUAUAUUUUAUCAUUCCUUGUUAGUAAAGAAUACGGGCACAGCAAAUCUUCUAGUCGUACCAACUUAUGCUAAGUUCCUCCAUCUGGUUUCUCAUCGUGACAUUGAAGUUGAUCCCUUACCCUUUAAUCCAGUUCCAGAUUAAUAAGAAAAGCGACUCAAACUCAGCCUCUUAAGCAGCGUUCUACUCGGGCCAGGACACUCAAGCACUUCACUCGCGUGUCCUCGAGACCAAGAAAAAAACCCAAGACAUGUUCCGAUGCCCAGCUGAAGAUCAAGGCUAAGCCUAAGACGCUUCAUGAUCGUGAG